UUUAUUUUUUGUUUUGAUGAAAGAAAUGCUCUUUAUGGACUUAAUACUCGACAAUGAGAGUGAUUUAUGUGACAUUUAAAAUUCUGCGUAAAAUGUCAAAUUGGUAAAUGUAUUAAGUUGAUCACAUGGUUUCAGUUAAGAGUGUGAUGUCUAAUUUCCAUUGUGUUUAUUUUCCUUUAUGUCUAAGGUGGCGGAUAUGGGUAAGGUGGGGAAUAUCAAUUUUUGUGUCAGUUACAUUUUUGAACAGGUGUGAUUUAUAUAUAGACAUACUAAUUGUAUCUAGACAGUUUUUAGUUGCCUGAGGGUUUGACAGGGCUAAAUUUAUCAAAAUCAAUGUUUAUACUUUCUUGUUUAUCAGUAGGAUUAUGAAUAAAGAACAAAGAUAGCCGAUGUUUGAUUUAUUAAUUGGUAUAUCCUGAUGUAAUAAAUUUUUUUGAUUGAUUUUUUUCUCUUUAUUUAUGUGUGUUAAAUUUUAAUUGACAAAUUUAUCUUUUCACAUCUUAGGUUAAAAUUUUAAACUGAAAAACUGUGGUUUUCUCCUCUCAGCAUAUGUUUCACUGUAAAUGCAAUAAAAUAAUGAAUUUGAAAGCUUGUGUGAGAUACAAGGAGAUAUAAUUACAUUGAUAAUGGAGUAUUGUGAUAUAAAAAGUGACGUCUGCAACAAAACAGAACUAUUUUGUGAGGCGCAUUGUUACGAGGACAGUCAGGCUGAUGGUAGUAACAACAUACCUCCUCAGUCUGCUAAGAUGACCACCUCUGCUAAACAAGGGGUUAGGAAGGCGACCACCUCUGUUAAACAAGGGGUUGGGAAGGCAUGUGCUUAUCAGAACUUUGUAAAUGAUUUCAUGAAUGCAAGAGAUAGUGGAUAUGAUUUCGAAUCGGAUGAGCAAAUGAAUAUGGACUUGAACAGUGAUGUAACAAUGUCUCAGAACUUUAUGAAAGGUCAAGGUCAUGUGCCUUGUGAAUAUAACAAAGUAUCUCUUUUAAAGUGGGGCAUGAAGAACAUUGGGAAAAAUGAUGUUAGAAAGGAGAAUCUAAAUUGCUCCAGGAAUUCUCUGCACUGGGAUGAAUUUUUCGGGCCCUCCAUUGAUCUCACCCCAACCUUAUUAGGAAUAUAUGACAAGAUUGCAUCAGCCAAUGACAAAAUGGAUAAGGGACCAGAUGACCAAUCAGAAGUUGAAUACUUUGUGACCAAUGAUAGCUUGGAGGAUGGCUCUGAUAACCAAUGUCAUUCACCAAAAUCUUCACCUCUUCUUUCCAGACAUACAAUUAUUGACCAAUCAAAAUUCAGGGAACUUUUAAAUCAGCCAAAUAGUGCAAACUCUGAGGUUGAGAACAAGUUUAAGAAAAACAGAGUAAGGGUUGACUCUGAACAUAGAAAUCCAGUUGAUCUGGAUGAAGAUAAUAAGAAGAGACCUUUAAGUAUAAGCUCAAUGUCUUCCUCAUCAACCUCUUCUCUUCCAAGAAGAAGAAAGCGACCAAAUCUUAGUGAAUAUGUUGAAUCACCCAGCUCUAGUCAGCUAGAUAUUGAAAAACUUGACAAUAUUUUAUACAUUGAUGACAACAUUGAAGAAGAUGGGCAUGAAAGAAGUGCUGAAGAACUUUCUGUGUCCUCAGAGGAUAAAGGAAAGUCAGGGGGUGACUCAGAGUCUCAUUCAUCUGUGGACCAUUCUAUAAAUGAAUCGGACCAACCAGAACUCUUGAAACAAGAAAGAUCAUUGUCUCUCGACCAAUCAAAUACAAACUUAUCAUUCACUUCAGCUAAUUCUGCCAAUAGCAGCACUGCUGAUAUAUCAUCCUUGACCUCUGACCAAAAGUCUGUUGAUAGUAAUUCAGAAGGUGAAAAGGUCAGAAGGUCACCAUCAAGGUCAUCACAGAAGUCAAUUGGAAUGUCAAGGUCAACUUCAUUGAAACAGCAGGCUCACUAUGUGAGCUAUGUACAGAGAGUAGUCACUGAACUUGUGGAAACAGAGAGAACAUAUGUUUGGAAUCUACAAGAUAUAAAGCAGGGUUACUAUCAGCAUAUAGCAGAUUCUAAAACUCUAAACAUCACUGUACAAGAGAGGGAGUGCCUGUUUGGAAAUAUAUUAGAAAUAUAUAACUUUAGCCGUCACUUCCUGUCAGAGCUAGAGGAUUGUGGGAUGGACCCUAUAAAAGUUGCAGGAUGUUUCUUGAAGAACAGUGAAGGAUUUGUGAUAUAUGCUCACUAUUGUACAAAUUAUCCAAGUGCUGUGGCAGUGUUGACAAAGGUCAUGUGUGAUCCUCAUCUUAAUUCUGUGUUUAAACAGAGACAGUUAGCAUUGAAUCACAGUCUACCACUGGGAGCGUAUUUACUGAAACCAGUCCAGAGAGUUUUAAAAUAUCAUCUUCUGCUUCAGAAUAUUCUGAAGCACUACAGUAAGAAGGAUCCCGGGCAUGACAAGUUGGUCUCAGCUCUAAAUCACAUGACCAACAUGUCACAUCAAAUCAAUGAGAUGAAACGGAAACACGAGCACGCCGUGCGUGUUCAAGAAAUACAGUCACAACUAGAAGACUAUGAAGGCGAGGACUUUACAAUGCUGGGAGAACUUGUACUUGAGGGGUCAUUUCGUAUGUUUGGGGUCAAGGCUUCACGUCAAUUGUUCCUUUUCGAGAAAGGUGUAAUCAUUGCCAAACGUAAAGAAGACGGGAUGCUGAGUUGCAAGGCUGUGAUACCCUGUAACCAGUUGAUGUUAGUAGAAAGCAUCCCUAAGGAACCCCUCAACUUCCAGAUUAUUCCCUUCGAUAACCCUAAAGCUGCUCAUAUCAUCCAUGCUCGUAAUCUUGACCAGAAAAGGAAAUGGUGUCAGGAGAUUAAGCGUCUUAUACUCGAAAGUUACUCGAAAAAGAUUCCAGACAAUGUUAAAGAUCUCAUUAUUGAAAAGCUCGGCAAGAGUAAAGAAGAUGAACUGGUUCAGGCCGGUACGGCUGAUUCCGGAAAAAGUCAUGUGAGUACACCAGAUUAUCUUGAGAAACGUCUACGAGCACGGAGAAAAUCAGGAUCAGCCCUUAUAUCAGAAAUAUUGCGGCCUCAAAAGAACAGAAGAGCUCAGCAAGCAAAAUCUAAGUCUGAAUCACCUAUCUUGAAGCCACAACCUUUAGAAAGUUUGAUGUAUACAAAGAACAAAUAUCAAGAGAACAAUGGUUACAGAACGCCAUCAGGGCUUGCAAGAGGAUCAAAAGUCUCCAAACAAGAAGAAAACCAGGAGAACUGGUCUCCAAAUCGUGCUGCCAAACGUCCUGUCUCUAUUCAGCGAAGUCGGAGUUUCCAGACCUCUUCUAUAAAAAGUCCAUCACCUGAGCCAUAUUUAAAAGAGAAAUCCAAUGUGGAUUCCAUGUCCAUGGAUAAUCUGUCUCAGUCAGAUGGACCAGCUCUUCGAACAAACAGUUUUCGACUGGCGACUCGAGUUUCGCCAAUUCGGUUCGAUUCGGUAGACGGUGCCAGAAUCCUUCAGAGUCAAGAUGAAGGAGAAGAAAAUGUUAAAUUGAAUGGAGACAUUCAGAAACUUGUAGACAAUAUGAGACCAUCAGUCAGGAAAAGUAUUGAUGACAUAGAUGGUGGCGGAAAUAAGUCAGAUCAAUAUUUCCGUGAAAAGACGUCAAAUGGUGAAAGCCAUAAUUUUGAUGGAAGCUACCUUGAUGAUCUCAGUUCACCGAAGAGGUCACGCUAUGCAAGUAUGCCUGUUUUAAACACUAUACCAUCGAGUUCUCCUCGCACUUCAAGACUGUCAUCCGAGAGGUCGGCCUAUAGUCCAACAAUGAAUCAUCUACCAAGAUCCAGCAUACACCAUGCCAAAAGAAUUGAUAUUAAACCUUACUUUUCAUGCAGUAGAGACAAAAUAAAUCAAAUUUCGUCUUCACCAGCUAAAAACAAAGAAAACGAUUUACAGAGUUUGACAAAGGACCAAAAACAUGUUAAUGCUUUUAACGAUACUUUCUCACAUAUCAGGAAAUCUCAGGAAAACCUUUGUGACAAAACUGGAGAAGUGCCAAAACCUUUAAGUUUAACCCAGCCUAAGCCUUUCACUUCCACUUUAAAAAGUUCCGCCAGUGUUCUACAAUCACAAGCAAGGUUGAAUAAAUGGGGUCAAGAAAGGUUCAUCAAAGGAUCUAUGUCAGAUUUGUCACAUUUAAAAGAUGAUCCAUGGGUACGGAACAAACAGAGGUCUUAUACAGAAACAAAAUUGACUUUAGAUGCAAUGAGAAAUAAAUCUCCUAAAGUUGAAAGGUCACCAAGUAAACAAACAAACAGAAAAAUUGAUAGACUUAGUUUAGAUAAUAACAAUCCACGACAUUUAAGAACCCAGUCUUUUAACGGAGAAGACACUAUGGCCUCAAACAAUAGUUUAGACUGGAUUGUAUAUGCAAACAGAAACUCUUUGCCAGUUUCGGGUCUGGCAAGUGAAGAAAUCGGCAGAAAGUAUAAAUUUUGCACACCACCUAGAGGUGUAAUGGACCAAACCCAACUGUCCAAAUAUAGUGAUGCAGAGAUGAUGAAAACACCUCAGCAUCGGACAGCUGUAGCUUCACACAGUACACCCAUUAAUACUUCAUCAAGUAGUUACAGCAAUCAUAGUUCUGGUCAAGAAACAGAUUUUAGAAUGAACGAAAGCUCAAUUUCUUUAUCAGCAACAAACACAAGCAGUGAAACAUGCAGCAGUCCAGAUAUAUUGAAAGAUGGGGUUUUUGAUGAUAAUGGUUUAUCAGAAAAAUUCUUCCCAAGAGAAAGGGCACAAGUUUCUAGAUCGUUCUCAUCACCAGGGUCAGACUAUUCUCCGAAGUUAAAGAGGCAGCAUCAUGAAGACCGACCAGCAUCUGCUGAUAUUCUAGGUGAUGGCAUGAAAGAAAGUGAAAAGCUCAUUGCUGAGAUGGAGCAUUAUUUGAAGCGAUCAACCUCAUCAAGUGGAAGUCUAAGUUCCUCUAAUAGUAAAUUUCCAACCAAUAUACCAAACUUCGAGAAAAAGAAUGAAAACAAAAAUUACAAUCGAAACUCAGUCUUAUCCACAGGAUCUGCAUCUUCAUAUGAAAGCACUAGUGACUUUAAAGAAAAAGAAGAACAAGAAGAAGGUUUAGUUGAUUCAAUAAAGAAUAAAAUAAGUAGCAUUACAUCAAAGCUCACUGGAAAGAAGUCUGUGAUAUCACAAUCGCAGAUAUCAAAACUGAAUGAAACUUCACCUAGAUUUACUCCUGAAGAUCAUCCAAACAAGAUAAACAAUAAUCUCAGUUUACGAAUCAAGCCAGGGCAACAUAGAUCAGGGAAACUAAAUCUACCAUCCCUUCUUAAAGAAUCAGAACUAGGUAGUGAAGCUAUUGGCUCGAGAAUGGCAAACACCGAUCUAGAUGAUUAUGCGACCUUUUCUUUACCUCAGGAUGCAGAAACAACUGAAUCUAAACAGGAAGGUAAACAAUUGCAUUAUGGGAGAUUUUCAUCAGCAAGUUUGACUGGUUUUAAGUUAAACCAAAUUCAGUCUGCCAAAUCAAAACAGCAGUCUCAGUCUGAAUCCAAACUUUAUCAUCCUGUAGCAAACUUGAAAAAUGUGGCCCAGUCUGAUUCAGCAUUUUCUAUUCAAAGUGCAGAUAAUGAUUCUAGUUCAACAGAAGAUUCACCUCGUCGUGGGGAAUCACAUGAGGGUAGGGAGUCACCAGGUCAAGAUAAAGAUUCAAAAGAAUCUUCAGGUACAGGCACCUUCUAUGAACGGAGAUUUUCUGAAGUUUUUAAUAACGAUGAAGCAUUUAGAGAUUCUGCUGUGUAUUGUGAUGACAUAGAUUCUCCGCCGGCUGUUACACAGAAAAAAACAAACCCUUUACCACCUACUCCUACUGUAAAUAUUAAAUGUUACAUUAGUCAAUUGGAAGAAAAGAAUAAACAAAAAAUGCCACCACCAGUAAAGGUUCGUCAGAAGGAACCGAGUGCUACAAUCAAACAGCGAAUGGAGAGUUUAACAGCGCAUAGCGAAUAUCGUAACAAAAGUUCAAGUACCAGCCGCAGUAUGAGUACGGCAACAAGUCGUACCCAGAGCUGCUCUUCUAGCCGCGCAGUUAGCGAGGAAAGGCAACUCACUGGAUCUGCACUACAAGAGUAUAUAGUCAAUAAAUUUCCGACAAAAUCGGGUCUGGAAACUUUUGAUGAUUGCUCAUUCAGAAGUAGGUCAGGGUCAAGCUCUAGGGGCGGAGGGAGAAUGAAAGCGGCAUUUUCAACCGGAAGGCUUGAUCUUCUUAGUAUGGAUGUUGAUAAUUUAGUUAUAAUGAAAGGCUGGGUUAAAGAACUUGUUAAAAAGUUCCAAGAUGAAAAAUGAUUUUUUUAUAUUUGAUAUAUUUUAUAAAAUUUAUUUAUUAAUUAAACCAGAGGUAUGUCAUGAAAGUGCAAUGUUUGUGUUUGUGACGUUUUAAAACAACUGUGAUUAGUUUUAAUAUGUUUCUUCUUUUUUUAAAACAAAUUUCUUAGCAAAAUAGUGUAUCUGGAAAUAUUUUUUUAGAGUGUAUAUAUUAUAUAUUACAUGUUACUUGAUGUUUUUAUCUGAUAUGUUUCUUAUUUUUGUUAAAGAUGUGCUGGUGAAUUGUGCUGAAAAUGUAAAAAUGUAUAUCUAGUUCAAAAAGUACUAUUGAGUGUUAGAAAAGUGUACAUGAACAUAAUAUAGAUUUUAAAAAUAAAGUGGAAACUUGUAUUUUAAAAAAGUGCAUGUAAUUCAAAUUUCAAGCUACAUUAGUAUAAAGUGGUAGUAGUUGAUAAGAAAUGCAUUCUUCUUAAGACCAAUAUAAUAUUUAAUUUUUUAGCUCACCUGAGCAUGCUCAGGGUGAGCUUUUAGGAUCGAUGAUUGUCCGUCGUCCGUCCGUUCACAUUUAGUUGUUAACACUCUAGCGGUCACAUUUUUGCCUCAAUCAUCAUCAAACUUGGUCAGGAUGUUUGUCUAGGUGAUAGCUCGGAUGAGUUCGAACAUGGGUCAUCUCGGAUGAAAAAGUAGGUCACCGGAGCUAAAAAUAGAAAAACCUUGUUAACACUCUAGCGGUCACAUUUUUGCAUCAAUCAUCAUCAAACUUGGUCAGGAUGCUUAUCUAGUUGAUAGCUCGAAUGAGUUCGAACAUGGGUCAUCUCGGAUGAAAAAGUAGGUCACCGGAGCUAAAAAUAGAAAAACCUUGUUAACACUCUAGCGGUCACAUUUUUGCAUCAGUCAUCAUCAAACUUGGUCAAGAUGCUUGUCUAGGUGAAAGCUCGGAUGAGUUCGAACAUGGGUCAUCUCGGAUGAAAAACUAGGUCACCGGAGCUAAAAAUAGAAAAACCAUGUUAACACUCUAGAGGUCACAAUUUUGCCUCAAUCAUCAUCAAACUUGGUCAGGAUGUUUGUCUAGGUGAUAGCUCGGAUGAGUUUGAACAUGGGUCAUCUCGGAUGAAAAAGUAGGUCACCGGA